AUGCUAGGGGAGGAUGAGGACGAAGCGGGGGCGCUGAUGAUCAACAACAAGCCCAUCGAGAGCUUCAUCCCUCUGGGAGAGCCGGAGCAUGGACGACAGUGGGUGGUGAGCAACGCGAGGAGAGGAGAAGAGAGGAUUCUGUGGAAGGAGAGGGAGGAAGAGUCUAUGCAGAGGAACGCAGGAACAUGCGUUAUCGUCUUCAGGAGACGGCAAUCACGCCGUGAGGGUAGGAAAGGGAGUUGGAUUGAGAAGACAGUGGGUCUCCUCCUCAUCUCAUCGCUGGCCCAAGGAAUCGCUCUGGGACUGGCUGGGUUGCUGGCUGUCAGGCUCAAGAUCGUUGACGCUCUAGUCCCCGUCGACGCUGAAAAGUCAGCGGAUUUGCUUUCACUGGAGGACGAGGGUUUUGUCGAGGUUGCUCAGGGUCUGGCUCUCUUCUUUUCCGCCCCCAUAGUCGCUCUGUCCGUCGACAACCGAUCAGCCAGCAACGUCCAGCUCCAAGUCAUCUCCCUCCUCGCCUGCAUCGUUGGUACCCUGCUGUUACCAAUUCAGCAUUUCGUUGAGGGGGAUGACCAAUCCGACUCGAAGCACUUGCAGCAUCACCUCCUCUCCUCCCUCAAGUGGAUGGGCUUCGUGAUCGUCCAUGUAGGAUCGGCUGCCGUCCGUCCUCUCAUGGCAGUCCUCGUUGCCAAUCAAGUACGCGACGGCGAACGCCAGGGUUCAAUGAUUGGGUGGAACUACGUGAGCUGCACGUUCGGAUAUUGUAUGUCUGUCGUCCUGUUUCAAUUUUCUUUGAAGAUCUGGGUCAUCGGGAUUCUGCUGGUGAGCGGUAGGAGGAAUGUGGGAAUGAGUACCAUCAUAAUGUACACUCUAAUGGCGAACAAUCUCCUGGGCGAGUACAGUGGGCCUCUAAUCCCCAAUUUCUGGAGGCUCUCCGGACCGCAUGCUGGAGCUGGGACAGAGCUGGGAGAAGUCCGGUCCCGUUAUGACCCGUACCUGACUCGGAUUGCAAAACUUUAUCAAGAUCAUCACUCUCGGGUUGGGUUGGAGAAUCGUCAGCGAACAAAACUUCUCUGGCACAUUCAGAGUUGGUCGAUGAAUGACAAAAUCUGUAUCGGCUCGUCGAGGAACUCGACAGUGAGAUCGGCCGAUCUCACGGGAGACGACAACUCCGACUGCAUCGAGUUCGGCAGCAAUGUUGUCUCUUUCAUCGGGUCCCUUCUUGGCCUGAUGCUGUUCACUUGCAUUCAUUCUGGUGGGAUCGACCUCAAACUUACUGUUGUGAAGGUGGAACUCAGGGGGAAGUUGGAGGACCUGAAGAAAGAGAACCAGAGCCUUCAAAGGUGA